AUGAUUUACUGCUAGCAUCAUGCUGUAUUUCCAAUUUCUUUCAUUUGUACAGCAUCGCAUUAAUGUCAAAGACUACUGUGCUCUGAAUGCACAUAAAAUCAUGGUGUGAAUUAGAAGUUCUUAUUGUAUUUGAAUAUUUUUUCAGAGAAAUUAAAAAUGGCAGCACAAGAAAAUAACUUUGUUAAUAACAACAUAUAAAGACAAUAAAUCCACAUUGGGUUUAAAUCGUUAUUUCAUUCAAUUGAAAUAUUAGUCAAGAAAAUGGUUGAAAAUUUUAAUGAUGAAAUAAUAAAGUUAUUGAAAUAAAUCGAAAUCAUUGACAAUAAAUUUGAAACUGUCUUAACUAAAGAUACCCCCCUAACUGAGUUUUCAGUCUAGGAUCUAGGAUUUUUAAUAGAUAUCAUAAUGAACAAGAAAUUAUCAACUUGGAAUAAAUAGAAAAAUUCCAUAUUCUAAUCCUUAAAUACUAUACUUAAGAAAUUAAAUGAAAACAUUCAGAAAAAAUCCUUCUAAAAUUAUUAAUAACAGUGUCUUAAUUAAUAAGAAAAAUAGGAUAUCAAAGGUUUUUAAAAAAAUACAACUAUAAAUUCAGAAAAAAAAAAAAAUUUGGUAAGUAGGUACAAUCGAGAAGAAAAAUCGCAUGUGCAAUGAUACCACAGGAAAAUUAAUCAAUAUUUAAUUCGGCAUAACAUUUAAAAAUGAUAAUAGAAUAGAAUAUAUUAAAGAUGGAGCAAUCAUUAGGAGGUAUGAUUACCAAUAUUUAUUAAUCUUAUUAGUGAUUCGAUCAAAGAAAUAUCAAAGAAACCUAAAGUAAUGACUAAUAUGGAUCAAAUAAUGAACUUGAAUUGGGUUGGAUAAUAUGGAUAAAAUAAUUUAAAGAUUGGUAAAUGGACGAUUAAAUGGGAAGGAAAAAUUUUAUAAGAUGUGGGAGGAGAGUAUAAUUAAAAAUAAUAUUAUAAUUUAAAUAAAUUAUACUCCGUUGAUGAAAAAAAAUAAGGCAAGUGGAAGGAAAUAAUUAAGAAUUAUUGGAGGUAGAUUAUUAACAUCUAUAAUUCCAUAGUAAAGCCUAGGUCUAUAAAGUUGGAGAAUAUUAGAAUGGAUUAAGAACUGGGAAGUGGAAGUAUAUUUAUGGAGAAAAUGUUAUGUAUUGAAAUAAAUUAUUGAUAACUAGUGGUGGUGGAAAAUAUAAUGAAUAAGGAAAUAAAAUGGAAUAAUGGGUUGAAUUGAGCAGUCAUUUUUGGGAUCAUUCGUGUGUCACUUAUAAAGGUGAAUAUAAAAAUGGGAUAAAAGUCGGUUGAUGG